CGAUCAAGCGCAUAAGUACUCAUUCUCACACCGAAAAAUACCAUAAUAUGCGCCGAUUCAAAAGUAUAACGACCUAUAUGCCAGUCGUAAGUUUCGUAAGGCCCGCAUAUAAAAAAAAAGAAACGGUCUCGCACAUUCGAUAUGUAUAGCGUAAGAGACGAAGAACCGGAUCUCAAGUACCUAUAUACCCUCGACUUUUCCCGCGUCAUCGUCGUCGCGUGUGGGGGAGAAGGGAAAAUAAUCAUAGGUGUAUACCGGAGAGGCGCAAAAAGGAGAAACCGCGCGAAGAUGCGGGCAGCGCUUGCACAGAGGAGAGGCGAGAUAGUUCCGCCAUGUCAACGCCGUUCCAUCCACUUACGAAUUUAGUUUGUGAGUCGCAGUGUUUCGUUAGACGUGCGUCGGCCAAAAGACGAGACAUGGCUCUGCAGGACAUAGUGAAGUACCUUAUGGGGAUCUUAGCGGCUUCGCUGCUGAUGCUGCUCGUGAGCAGUGUGGCUAGCGAUGGUUCGGUCAACGAAUCCAGGCAGUCGAGACGGCUGUUCGACAUAUUCCUCGGGAGGUUCCGUCCGUGCAUCACUUGCACCUGUGGAAAAUCGAAUCGCGGAGGCGCCAGAUUCCUAGGCGGCGAGUACACGGAUACCCACGAGUUUCCCUGGCUGGCCAACAUACACGUGAAGAACAGCGUGCUUGUGACCGGCAUACUGAUCAACGACCGUUACGUUCUCACGGCGGCCAGUCCGUUGAUCGGAGCGACUCCACCGGAGGUGAAGGUAGCCCUGGGAGAGUACGACAGGUGCCAGCUGGACAUUUCCUCGGUGAACGCGAGCGUCGACGCUAUAAUCACUCAUCCGGAGUUCAACUACGAGGCCCGAGCUCACGAUCUCUCGCUCAUACGGCUCAGCCGAUCGACGCAGUUCGAGAGGAGGGUCUUGCCGGUCUGUCUACCGGAUCCAGGAUCAACGUAUCUGGGCCAAGUGGGCACCCUAAUGGGAUGGACCGAGAGCAGCGGCUCCCUAAGCGACGGAAAUCCCGACACGAGAACCUGUCGGCCCCGUAAGCUCGGACUACCCAUCCUCGGCAGGCGCGAGUGCCUCAAGAGCGGAAUAAAGCCGGAGAAUUAUCACGAGGAAAGCGGAUGCGUCGGGAUUAUCGGAUCCAGCUCCAUCGUUUGCCACAACGACGUCGGGACGUCGGUGUUGCACAGGUCGUACAGUGGUAACUACGACCUAGUGGGCAUUUUGUCCGACAUCAACAACUGCACCGACAGCACUGGCACGGCUAUCUAUACCAGGGUUGGACCUCAUAUCGACUGGAUAUAUCAGAAUACCAAGGACGCCUGCUACUGCUUGAAACCCUUCGAUGUACCGGAAAUAAAGUCGCUUCAGUUUGCUUACUGAAUGAUGUGCAUAUAGAAAAUUAUUAUUAUUGUUGUUGUAAAGAGUCGAAUUUAUUAAAAACGUCCGCUUGAUGGGAAAAAGAUUAUAGCGAAUUUUUCAGCUAGCUUUUGUAAAACGGGGACGUGUGCGAUAAAUCUUCUGACGAUAAAAAGUUACCUCUUUGGAACGUCCGGCUGUAAAUGAUAAAUACAAUGCUUGAGACUUCA